AUGUCGUCCCCGCAAAAGACGGCCAUUGUCUCCGUCUUUGACAAGACUGGUCUUCUCGACCUGGCCAAGGGUCUCGUCCAGCAGAAUGUCCGCAUCCUUGCUUCGGGAGGCACCUCGCGCAUGAUUCGCGAGUCCGGUUUUCCGGUCGAGGAUGUCUCGGCCAUCACCAAGGCGCCCGAGAUGCUGGCUGGCCGCGUCAAGACUCUCCACCCGGCCGUGCACGCGGGUAUCCUGGCCCGCAACCUGGCGUCGGACGAGAAGGACCUGGCGGAGCAGAACAUUGACAAGGUCGACUUCGUCAUCUGCAACCUGUACCCCUUCAAGGACACUGUGGCCAAGCCCAACGUCAGCGUGCCCGAGGCCGUCGAGGAGAUUGACAUUGGCGGCGUCACCCUGAUCCGCGCGGCUGCCAAGAACCACAAGCGUGUCACCAUCCUGAGCGACCCGAGCGACUACGCCGGCUUCCUCAAGGCCCUGGAGCAGGGCGACAUCAGCGAGGAGAGCCGCAACCGCUACGCCCUCAAGGCCUUUGAGCACACGGCCGACUACGACUCGGCCAUCUCCGACUUCUUCCGCAAGGAGUACGCCUCGUCGUCGGCCGCCGACGGCCAGCAGCAGCACACGGCCCUCCGCUACGGCGCCAACCCCCACCAGAAGCCCGCUGCCGCCUACGUCCCCUCGGCCCACCUGCCCUUCAAGACCCUGUCCGGCUCCCCCGGAUACAUCAACCUCCUCGACGCUCUCAACGCCUGGGCCCUGGUCCGCGAGCUCAGCCAGGCCCUGGACCUCCCCGCCGCCACCAGCUUCAAGCACGUCUCCCCUACCGGUGCCGCCGUGGCCAACCCCCUGACCGAGGACGAGCGCAAGGUCUACUUUGUCAACGACAUCGAGGGCAUCGAGACGUCCGGCUUGGCCCAGGCCUACGCCCGCGCCCGCGGCGCCGACCGCAUGAGCAGUUUCGGUGACGUCAUCGCUCUCAGCGAGGUCGUCGACGUCCCCACGGCCAGCAUCAUCUCCAAGGAGGUGUCGGACGGCGUCAUCGCCCCCGGCUACGAGGAUGCCGCCCUCGAGAUCCUGCGCAAGAAGAAGGGCGGUCGCUACCUGGUCCUGCAGAUGGACCCUGACUUCAUCCCCGACCCCACCGAGACCCGCACCGUAUUCGGCGUCAUCCUCCAGCAGCACCGCAACGACUUCCUCUUCACCCCCAAGUCCUUCAAGACCGUCAUCACCCCCAAGGACUCGGCCCCGCUGCCCGAGACGGCCACCCGAGACCUCACCGUCGCCACAAUCACCCUCAAGUACACCCAGAGCAACUCGGUCUGCUAUGCCGUCAACGGCCAGGUCAUCGGUCUCGGCGCCGGCCAGCAGUCCCGCAUCCACUGCACCCGCCUCGCCGGCGACAAGGCCGACAACUGGUGGAUGCGCUUCCACCCCCGCGUCCUCGGCAUCAAGUGGAAGAAGGGCACCAAGAGGCCCGACAAGAGCAACGCCAUCGAUCUCCUCGUCAGCGGUCAGCUCCCCAAGGAUGGUGCCGAGCGCGACGGCUUCGAGGCCGUCUUCGAGGAGGUCCCCGCUGCCUUUACCCCCGAGGAACGCGAUGACUGGAUGAAGAAGCUCGAUAAUGUUGUCGUCUCUUCUGAUGCCUUUUUCCCUUUCAUUGACAAUGUCUUCCGCGCCGCUCGAUCCGGUGUCAAGUACAUUGCCGCCCCCAGCGGUAGCCAAAACGACGGUGCUGUCUUUGACACGGCCGAGAAGUUGGGCAUCACCUUUGUUGAGCAGAAUGUCCGUCUGUUCCACCACUAG